UACUACGACCCCAGAACCGAACUUGCAAGAAGAUGCAAGAGUCUCAGAUGUCAGGUAUUAUUAGGUAGUACCGGUACUUUCUGUGCAGUAAGCGCCUCCCGUGUCGUCUCCACCAAGAUUUCUUUCAAGCUUUCUUCCUCCACUUCUUCUUCUUGCACUCCUUGAAAAUUACAACCCAAAAACCAACAUCUUGGUUUCGACCUUCCAACUUGUUUUUCAUCCAAAAGAUAUCUUAUAUUUGACUUAUUAUCUUGAUCCAUCAUUUAUUUUAAGACCGGGCAACAUCCAAAAAUAAGUUAUUCGGCCUUGGGCUGCAACCUUAGCCUGAACGAGAGAGGUACGCUUAGGGUUUUCCAACAUCACCUCACAAAGGCCGAACCUUUCUACAAGUUUCCGCCCUCGAAAAACUUCAACUUGAGAUCGGCCACCCACAAAACCUCUUUUUCCACUCUUCCAAUCUUCCAACAACCUAAGCCACGAUCGACUUUAUUCAAAUACCGUCCCAUAUCGAAAUAUUGAGAUUGUCGCAUCAGGACUGUCGAACUCGAACGUCAAAUUAUUUCGGCACUCAUCGCCUCGGCGGCUUCAUAAACAACAAACCACCAAGUUGGCGGGACUCGUAUUUCAAGACUUUUCCUUCAUCCGUCCCCUCCUCGGUCCAGUGAAGAUCUGGGCCUACUGCGGAGGCGACAAGAAACCCCCAUAAUUGCACCUAAAGCAAUCCAAAUCGAAAUAUAUAAACUGCGCAUUUACACAUAAUCCAAAGGGGUAGCGGAUGGACGAGUAGCCAUUCUUCGUUAGGAAUCACACUGUACAGGGACGACCUGUGCAAAGUCAACUAUCAAAUUGACGCCAAACAAGCGGUGGGCGCUCGUUGCGACCUGCCUAGAACUUUGAAAGCUUUGGCUUCCUAGAAAAUUUGUAUGCAGUCGUUGUUGUAAUUGUCGGAGCUUACUGGCUAAUCUGGAUGCAGAACUUAAUCCAAAUAUAUUUUAUUCAGUUCAUACCUCAAAAAUGUCUGAACACGAAGAUACAUCCCUCGAUACUGGCUACAGCACGCCGGUGCCAGAGUUGGAUGAUCACAGAUACCAGUUGCAGCCUCUGCCAAAGGCUCGCUCCCGCAGUGGCACUAUUGAUACUUUGCAUGCCCCAUCCUUCCGGGCUCCACAAAGCCCAGACCUAACACGCGUGAACAACACUCUUCUUCAGACAAUCGCAAGAGAUUUCGAGGAAGCCGUUGUCGAUGAGGAUGCGAGGGGAGUUUCUCCAAUUGCUAUUCGAUUGGCAGAUAGAAGUCGUCGAGGAACCGCGGAUACUGCUGAGAUUCGUUCUCUAUCACCACCAAGUUCAGUAAAGGCCUUCGCUGAUGCAAGAAGAAGGGAAAGGGAGAUGUCCAUUUCGGACCCAAGCUCUGGAAAGGCAUUUGCAGAUGCUAGACGACUUGAAGAUCAUAAUGCUCUUCAUAGAACUGAAUCACGCGCGAGUCACCGCAGCCAUCGCACUUUCCGUAGCAGACGUUACACCAACGAUAACGAUGCAAAGAGCUUCGCAGGCUCAUGCAAGUCAGCAGAAGAGGAUGUUUGCUUUCCACUACACCCUUCCCCAACCAAAAAUACGCUCCAGAUUAAUUUUGACACUCUCGAGGAUUUCAUUGAAGAAGAGGAAAAUCGUGCUAAGACUCCAGUCAACCACGCGCAACCUCGAAUUUUCCACGACUUGAGAAACAAUGGUGCGAUACCCAUGAUUGUAACAUCGGAAGGUACAGCUGUCGAGAUUCCUUCAGGCCCACCUUCUAUCAAUGAAAAAUUGGACUUAUCUAGCCUUGAAGAGAUUACACGACCGCAGCAGCCACAUCUCGACACUAACAGGUUUGAAUACUUCUCCUCGCAUGGAGUAGAUACUAUUCAUGCUCCAGAAUUCGGGGAUCUCAUUCUCGAAGGAGAAGACAUUCGACACCUAUUCGCCCGCCCACAAGGACAACAAGGAGAGGGCGUUUGGUGGUUGAACAUGAACAAUCCAACAGAGAACGAGAUUCGAGUAAUCUGCAAAGCAUUUGGAGUCCAUCCCCUGACCAUUGAGGAUAUCACAGCUCAGGAAACACGAGAGAAAAUUGAACUUUUCCCUUCGUACUACUUCGCUUGUUUCCGUUCCUUUUCCGUCGUGGACAUUGAGGAUGGCCAGGAAUACGAUCCAUUCAACAUUUAUGUCAUCGUUUUCCGAGAGGGCUUACUAAGCUUCAGCUUUUCACCGAACACACAUGCAACCAAUGUUCGGCAGCGCAUCACGUUGCUUAAGGAUUACUUGUCUUUGAACAGUGAUUGGAUAUGCUAUGCUUUAAUGUAAGUUUGCCUAAUUCGUUUUAAGAUCAUAGACUAAUAACUUACCAGCGAUGACAUCGUGGAUUCUUUUGCACCGGUUAUCCACAAAAUCGAUAAUGAAACAGAUACUAUUGAGGAUCAGGUGUUUAUCGCUCGGAGUGAUGAUAUGCAUACCUUUCUACGAAAAAUUGGAAUGGUUCGAAAGAACGUCAUGGGAUUAAUGAAACUUCUUGGAGGCAAAGCCGAUGUUUUGAGAGGUUUCACGAAGCGUUGUAACUCCAAUUACGAAGUCACCCCUCAUAUGGAUAUUGGUCUUUAUCUUGGCGACAUUCAAGAUCACGUUGUCACUAUGAUGACCAGUUUGGGACACUCUGAGAAGAUGCUCUCUCGAUCACACAGCAAUUACCUGGCACAACUCUCUAUCGACAACAUUACCCAAGGAAACAACGCAAACAAGGUCCUCAGCAAAAUCACUCUCCUCGCUUCCAUCCUGGUUCCACUCAACUUGGUAUGUGGUAUGUUUGGUAUGAAUGUUAAUGUGCCUUUCCAAAACGCUCAGAGUCUCAUUCCUUUCUUCACAAUUUUGGCUGUAUUGGUGGUAUUCAGUCUUGCUUCUCUGGCACUUGCAAGACGUUAUAGAUAUAUUUAGAUUUUCGUGGAGGAGAAGAAGUUUUUGAACUAAUAAUACUUGUGGGGAGGUUGAGAAGUUUGGUUUAUGUAGCACAGAAAAAAGGGCUAAAGUCGUGGUGGUACCAUUACAGAUCUCUUGGAUAUAUAGAUGUCUCUAGAUUUUGAUAGUGUUAAUAUUGACUAGAUGCUACGGACUUAUGA